AUGAUGAUGAUGAUGCCGAAACUCCUACUAGCCGCUGUCUGGACUUGGCUGAUCUUGAGCCUUUGCACGAGCUUCCUUCUUGCUGAUGCACAAUCGUUGGACGAUGCUACUUUCCGGGAGGCUCUGGAGCUGUACCAUGAUGACCCCGGCGAAGCCAGUGCGGCUCAUGGCCCCAUUGAAUUUUGGGAUGUGUCUCUUGUCGCGAAUUUCUCCGACCUUGGUUUUGAUGGAUCCUUUAACGGGAAUUUGACGGGUUGGAAUGUGAGCAGUGGUACCGACAUGUCACAGAUGUUCUUCAAUGCGACCUCCUUUCAGUCUGAUCUCAGCCUUUGGGAUACAAGCAGAGUCACAAGCAUGAGAUCAAUGUUUGCCCUCUGUACUUCUUUCUCCAGCAAUCUUUACUGGGACACUUCCAAAGUGACUGACAUGAGCGGAAUGUUUGCCUUGGCUUCUGUGUUCAAUGGUGAUAUCACGGGAUUUGACACAUCCAAAGUCAACAAUAUGAAUCGAAUGUUUCUUCAAGCCAAGACCUUCAACUGGCAUCUACCAAAUUGGAAUACUUCCAACGUGCGAGGCAUGGAUUCCAUGUUUACGUUUGCGUCCAUGUUCAACGGCAACGUUGGUACUUGGGACGUCUCAAGGGUGCAGACCAUGAAGUCCAUGUUUGCUGGCGACGAGGGUUUCAACGUUGACCUUUCUGCUUGGAAUACCACCAGUUUGGUGGAAAUGGAACAAAUGUUUUGGCAGGAUAGAUCCUUCUCUUCUGAUCUUCCCUGGGAUGUCAGUAGGGUAAAGAAUUUAUCCCUCGUGUUUGCGAAUGCAACCAGCUUUAAUGGAAACAUUUCGUCCUGGGACACGAGCAAUGUGGAAGACAUGUUCAAGACGUUUGAAGGUGCCCUCUCCUUCAACGGGGACGUUAGUGGCUGGAAUACGUCCAAAGUCAUUUCCAUGUGGUCCACCUUCCAGUACUGCAUUUCGUUCAAUCAGGAUUUGAGUUCCUGGGAUACAUCACUGGUGGGUGACUUUGAAUCCAUGUUCGAAGAAGCAAUCCUCUUCAAUGCGCCAUUGAAUUCCUGGAAUGUGUCCUCGGCCAAAAUCAUGUCCUCCAUGUUCAAAGGCGCCGUGUCAUUUUCACAAGAUAUCUCCAGCUGGGUCACAUCGAAUGUGGAACGCUUUAACGGCAUGUUUGAUAACGCGACAUUGUUCAACAGUGACAUCUCUGGGUUCGACACCAGCAAGGCCACCACCAUGCAGGAAAUGUUCAAAGCAGCAACAUCGUUUAGUCAGUCGCUGGCAAACUGGGAGACGGGUUCGGUAGAAGACAUGGAUGGCAUGUUUCGAGAAGGAAUCUUUGACGAUGACAUUUCAGGCUGGGACACAUCAUCUCUGACCACCAUGAAACUCAUGUUUGCUCGAAACCCAGUUUUUAACAGCCCCUGCAACUUUGAUGUCUCCAAGGUCAAGGAGAUGACAGGAGCUUUCUGGAGUGCGACUGCCUAUAACCAGUCACUUGCCGAUUGGAAUGUGAAAAAGGUGACGGAUAUGAGGCAUCUAUUCGAGAAUGCCAAGUCCUACGAGGAACACCUUUGCUGGACGCUCUCGAAUGCAGUCAAAAUUGACGAAAUGUUUUGUGGCAGCGGGGCUUCUUUCAAUCGCUCCUGUAUCCAUUUGAAGGGUCUGGUGGACAAAACAAUUACGGAUUGCGGAGGAGAUCCAAUGGCGGAUCAGGCAGCAAGUCAAGAAGGUGACGAUAGUGGAGCCAGGACCUGGAAAGCGGUACCAGGGGUUGCUUUCUUUUCGUUGGUUGGAACGGCCAUAACUCUACACGCGCUAAACUAA